AUGUUAUGUGGUAACGUGGAGAGACGCGGUAACGAAGGUUUGCAAUUUCCUGGCGUUUAUCGUACAAGAUCUCAACGUAUCCCAGACGCGAACUUCGCCGAUUGGACAAGCGUUGACCGGUUGUUGGUGCCGCUGUCACGCCAUCUUAACCUCACCGCGGAGACAGCCACGCUAGUCCCGGAGUUAAUGACUGGCAGAUUGACCCUGCACAUUGACCAAAAGUACAAAUGUUCAGCUGUUCGAUCUGUCAGAGAUCGCUCGGGUUCUCAUGAAUGUCUAGGGACCCUCGGCGACAAGGCAUCUCCUUCUAGAAUGGUUGUCCCACGGGUAUACACUAUUGCAUAG